AGCUGGCAAUUGCAGGCAUCUGCUCCCACAGUGUCCACCACCCACCAUGCGGCCUCUAGUCCUGCUGUGGAGCUGCCUGGUGCUCCCAGGUUAUGAAGCCCUGAAGGGCCCAAAGGAGAUCAGUGGAUUUGAAGGUGAUGAGGUGUCCCUGCAGUGCACCUAUGAGAAGAAGGUGAGGGGACACCGCAAGUACUGGUGCCGGCAGGGUGGCAUCAUGGUGUCCCGCUGCACUGACAUUGUCUACACAAGUCAGAACCAGGAGGUAGCACAGGGCAGGAUGUCCAUCCGAGAUAACACCCGAGAGCUCUCGAUGACCGUGACCAUGAGGGACCUUACCCUGAAGGAUUCGGGGAAGUACUGGUGCGGGAUUGACCGACUGGGUUUCGAUGAGUCUUUUGAAGUCUCCCUCAUCGUCUUUCCAGCUUUUCCUGGUCUCCAACCGACAGUCGUCACAGCCAAGCAGGGGAAGACAGGGGUUGAGGCCCCUGGGUUCACCGAGGCGGCCCCGGCCCGGUCUGCAGGAACCUCCCCUCCCCCAGGAACCUCUCCAUAUGCUGGGAGCUCUCCUCACCCAGAAACCUCUCCUCACCCAGAGACCUCUCCUCAUGCAGGGAGCUCCCGCCCAGCCAUCUGGCUGUCCACCACCACAAAGGACUCCAAGGUUAUAGCCAGCAGUGUCUCCAAGUCCAGUGUGUCCAUCCCGGUGGGCCGCAUGUUGGCCUCUGUCUGGAUCCUCUUGUCCCUUCUGCUGGCUGCCGCUCUGAUUGCCUUUGGCAGCUACAUGCUCCAGUGGAGAAAGACAGCUUGGCUGGCCACGGAGACACGGAGGAAUGAGAAGGUCUACCUCCCAGCCUCGCCGCCAGGGAACAACUGGGUGCCUGAGGAUGCCAUGAUCAACCUUGCGGCGCCUCCCGAGUGUCUCAGCAACCCCACGCCCUCUGCUGCGCCCUCCAUGGAGACCCAGCACCUCAGUCAGACUACAGAGGAAGAGGCAACCCCUUCCCUGGACACCAAGGAGGAUGUGAUGGCAGCUUCUCCCCUGCAGAUGUCUGCCGAGGAACUGGCCUUCUCCGAGUUCAUCUCUGUGUAACUGCAGAAUGACAAGUGGGCCGGGAUUCCUACACUUGGGCCUGAUGGAUCCUCAGCUCCCUCUAGCCUGGAGAGUCCUCCUUCCUUCUCUCUUUCAUUGUGGGUUCUCCUAGAGCUCCGACCAUGACACCAUGGCCCCAGCAGGAGCUCCCUGAUAACCUCCGUGGUCAGGUACACAGUGGAGGCCAUGGAGGCGGCCAGCCCAGGGAUUGGCUGUCUUUCCUUCUCCUUCCCCAUGCCACCGUAUACCUCGCUUUGGAAGGACACUGGAGGAAGGUUCCUUAUCGUCUCUGUCCAGAAGGGCUACUACUCCAUGGGCUCUGGAGAUUAAGGGAGGAGGAGGGAACCAGAGUGGGGCGGUCGGCUGAAGGGGGAGGGGGGCUAGAUCCCGCUUACAUGAGGAUAAUGCUAAUUCCAGGCCAGCUGGGUGAGGGAAAGAUAGAUUGGCUCAACUAUUUUCUUUCCCUUUUUCUAUUUUGUUUUGAAAAAAUGGCAUGCAGGGAAGGGAAGUGCUCAGCAUAUAAAACAGAAACACAGGGAGAAAGACGAAAAGGGGAAAGUGCUUUUAAUCUUACCACGCCCCCGCUGACACCCCUGACCGCCCUUGCCUGGAUCCCUCCUCCUUCCUCCUUCCUCUUUCGUGUUUGCGGUUGCUUACUUCACAGAGCGGUCAUCCCACAGUGCACUGCGUGCCGCCUUCCCCAUCUUGUCCCAUCAUAAGCAUCCCUCUGUGUCCUACAAACCUUGUACAAUAAACCAU